GGCGUUACUACGGGGCACUGUUUCAGUUGCUACAAGUCGUMGAGACGAGUGGAGCAAGCAAAUAUGAAGUUCUUUCUGGUUUUAUUUGCAUCGUUUGUUGCUUUUGCURCUGUUGAAGGCUUGCAGCAUGGAACUCUUCGCAUCGGGCAGACAAACCCWGAUAAUUACUACUGCGAUACUAUCACCUUCCCAACAGCCUUCACGGGAGUUGAUCCUGUCAAAGUCUUUACGUCAGUUGGUUUUGGCACGAGUUCAUCACGUGUACAUGACGUAGUGUUCACGUGGGUUGAGUCUGUCACUACAAGUAGUUUUAAAGUCUGUCUAGUAGAGAAUGGGGUUGGAUCAAGUGGUAAUGUGACUAUUAAUUGGAUGGCUUACCAAGGCGUGCAGUCUGGUGUGACGGACGGAUCUGUGAGGUUAAACGACUGGACGACGGAAACAGAAUGCAAUCAAGUUGUUUUUCCACACUCCUUUGCAAGUAUUCCUCAUGUCUUCGUUACUGCACAUCACAAUGUGUUGGACAACAAGCAUGAUGCAGCUACAGUUUGGGUGGAAGRARYCACYACAAACGAUUUYAUUGUUUGUAUGAGAGAAGCAAGAACCUUUGAUGGACGCCAUAAGGACAUCGAUGUGACUUGGAUGGCAAUGAGUGAAGUUCCCCAGACAUGGAAUUAUCAUGACUUUAUCAGAGUAGACUUUCCAAACACUCUUGUACCAAGCGAGGCUGACAACAAUGCGUUUUGCCAGGUCGUGAACUUCCACGAGCCGUACUAUGCUCCACCAACAAUAGUUGUUGCACCAAGUCAYCACUAUGACAGCAGUAAUGCCAAUGCCGUUCGUCCUCAAGACAAUUCCAUCGUUGCCUGGGUGGAGGAAACCACACGGACAAAUUUUAAAGCAUGUGUUAAAGACCUUGUUGGGCUGAAGAACAARCAUCAUCCUAUAGAGGUGGACUAUAUGGUGUUUGGAGAUCUUGAUCCAUGCAUCAACAAGACCUGUGAAUAUUUUGGUGUUUGCCAAUCGAUGUCAGCCUUUGUUCACCAGUGYGUGUGYGUUACUCAAUGUCCAUCUUACCAAGAUCUCGUGUGUGCUUCUAAUGGUCGAACKUUUGAUAACAUGUGYGCUUUGGAAAGAGAAAUCUGCCAAACYCGGGGAAACUAUUCRUAUUACCAUCCAGGCAGUUGCCAAGGUUUUCCAUUCGACAAAGGAACGCAUCAUCUCAGCCAUGUUUCAGCAUUUGCCGAGUCUCAUUGUGAAGUUGUCUCUCUCCAGCCCUAYGCAUUCUAUCCCGACAAACCAAUCCAUGUCCAACUAACGGUCAACUACAACAACGCCUCGCUUCCUGCAAAUGUCCAUGACGCAACAGUCACGUGGUCAGAAARAGUCAAUCUAGAUAAUUUUACGGUCUGCAUGACAAAGACUGGAAGAAAUGACCAGCCUACCAAUGACGUGGCAUCUGUUGAUUGGAUAGCGUAUCAAGGUUCACCAAAUGGCGCAGUUACUGGUAAGGAGCGGAUUACACAUUGGUGGACUGGUACAAAGUGUACAACAUUAUCAUUUCCAAGUGGUAAAUUCACGGGUACCCCCACGGUACUAGUCACUCUCGAGCACCAGAGAGAUGGACUCAAACACGAUGCUGCCAGUGUCUGGGUCGAGGACAUCAGCUCUUCAUCAUUUCAAGUUUGUAUUAGAGAGCURCAGAACUUUGACGGAAUUCAUGAAGAGAUUGUUUUGGAUUGGAUGGCAUUUGAAACGCUUCAUCUCCCACUGUUCUCUGAGCACGGCAGUGUUCACUUCGCCAAUACACAAACCCCUCUGCAAUCUGACAACUAUGCAUUUUGCCACAAUGUGAACAUGGCACGAAAUUACACAAGAAGACCUUCRGUGCUGAUAACACCUACUCACGAUACAAGUGUUGGCCCAACUGAUCCCAAAUGCAACGGGAUAUCUGCAUGGAUUGAGGAUAUCACGAUGGAAACAUUCCGUGUUUGUCUUAARGAGUUGUACUCGGACCGUUACGACCCUGUUGCCCUACAGUACGUCGUUGUAUCAGAUAUGUGUGGAAAAGACUGGAACUACUUCAAUGGCUUCUGCUACAAGACCACAUCUUCCUGUGCCUCUUGGAAUGUAGCUCAGUCCAACUGUCUUGAUGUUAACUCCAAUCUGACCAGUGUCACCAGUCAAGAAGAAAACACGUACAUUCAACAUCGUCACGGUGGUGAUACAGGAUGGAUAGGACUACAAGACAUUGACAGUGAAGGAAACUUUACCUGGAUUGACGGUACCAAUGUUAACUUUACGUACUGGGCGGCGAACCAGCCAAAUGGUUAUCCUGGAGACCAGGAUUGCGUUCAUACCCUKGGAUUACGUCAUGACUAUCACUGGAAUGACGUCACUUGUGGAUCUUGUCACCCAUACACAUGUAAACGAGAUAUUGACGAGUGUUCUGGUAAUUWUUACGUUUGUCAUGUUGAUGCACAUUGCACCAAUACUGAUGGUUCCUACACAUGUGUUUGUAACUCUGGCUACAAUGGUGAUGGAAGGACAUGCUCAGAUGCCGAUGAGUGUUCACUCGGUACUCAUAGCUGCGAUGCCAAUGCGCAGUGUACAAACACCGUGGGAUCCUAYACCUGCAGUUGUCACCUUGGUUUUAAUGGUGAUGGAAGAACGUGCUCAGAUAUCGACGAAUGUUCGUCUGGUUCCCAYAGCUGYAAYGGCUACGCACAAUGUACYAAUACUGUUGGAUCGUACACUUGYCAAUGUAACCCRGGAUACCAYGGWGAYGGYUGGGCCUGUACAGAUGUCGACGAGUGCUCUACAGGCACGCAUUCUUGUCAUGCUAACGCACAAUGUACCAAUAACGUUGGUUCUCAUACCUGUCAGUGUAACCAUGGAUACCAGGGUGAUGGACAGACGUGCACAGAUAUUGAUGAAUGUUCCUCUGGCUCCCAUACAUGUAAUGUUAAUGCACAAUGUACRAAYACYGYUGGAUCGUAUACUUGUCAAUGCAAUCCAAAUUUCCAUGGAGACGGAUAUUCGUGUACAGCAGUUUCGAUGUCAGUGCAGUCAGAUUGUACCUAUUCAAGUAUAAGUCUUAGCAGUGGUCGCUUCACGUCACCUAACCAUCCUUCGCACUAUGCAGACAGUCAAAGCUGUUACUGGACGUUUACMUCCCCAGAAAGAAUUUCAGUUUCAUUUGAAAGUUUUGAUACCGAGGCCAAUUAUGAUUACGUUCGAGUGUACGACGGUAGUUCAAGUUCACAUUCGCUACUUGGGGAAUUCAGUGGAACUUCUCUUCCUCCAUCAAUAUCAAGCUCAUCAAAUCAGAUGCACGUGACGUUCACGUCUGACGGCUCCAACACUAACAGUGGAUUUUCUGCAACAUAUGGAGUUUCCGCAUGUUCUUCCUAUACUGAGAUAUCUGAUGGAGAUCGACAUGUAAACUAUGGAAACUACAGAACUCUGUGCGACAGUGGUAUGUCCGUCCAAUGGUAUCGUUUGACUGGUGCUGCCGGUACACGUAUGCCGACCUCUUGUGUAUCGUAUGACCACUGUGACGCACACGCUACAGGCUGGUUGAAUGGUGCUCAUCCAACGGUGCAGGAAGGAAUUGUUUCACGAACCGUUUGCUUUCACUGGACAUCAAGUUGUUGCGAGUGGAGUACAACGAUACGCGUGCUAAACUGUGGAGCAUUUUAUGUUUAUGAAUUUCAGCCGUCUCCAACUUGUUCGCUUCGGUACUGCGGAACCAACUAAAAAAACCCAUACUAACAGACAGUUAUCAUUACCCCAUGUGUGUGGCAAGGCAGUCCAAAUGUGAUAUAGGCAAAAAAUAUCCAUCAAUUCAGUUAAGAAAGCAUCGUCAGACCUAAAAUUUGUGUUUYUUAUUGAUUGAGCAUUUGUAAUGGAUAGACGGGUAUAAUUUGUAAAGUGUUUUUUUUUUACGUUAGGCUCUAAGGCAGUAUGYACACUGCCUUACACAUCUAUUGAUUUGUUGUAUUCCAAAUUGCAUUCAAUUAUUAAAUUGUCAUUUUCGAUUUUGUAAUAUCAAGAGAGAUAUAUUUCAAAUUCAACCUUGUUUGUUAAUGUGUAUUUGGCGAUCUUUAUUGAAAAAAAUACUCAGUAGAAAUUAAUAAAUAAUGUACUGCAAUGAA